UUUUACAAGCUUAUCGCGCGUGAAUUUUUAUCGUCCGAAAUGCAGCGUCCAGGUACCUGAGCGAACAGUUGCGCAAAUCGCGCAAACUCAUCGCCUUUGCCUUCACGUCCAACACAAAAAAAACCGAGUGGUAUUCGUCGGGACAAGCGAGACCAAGUGCAAAAAUCUAUCCUGCCUGAAAGGGCGCGGUCUCUGGGCAGCGAAGGGCAGGGCAAGGUGCGCUUUUGUUACCUGAGACAACGCCGGCGCUCCGCGGCUGACUGGCUCACCCCGUACGAGCCUGCGUUGGGUGUUGGUCGGAGCAGCCGGGCGAGGACCCAACGCGCACGAAAAUGACGAGUCUGGAUCCGCUGAAGUCGGCCAUCGCCAUCGGGAACGUGGACGACACUUCCCUGGCCGUGCCCUCCGCCAACCGGUGCCGGUCGGGGCAGCAGCGCGUCCUGGAACAAGUGCAGAGUAUCCGGAGGACCAAGUCGCGGCAGUCCAGCAGCAGGAGCGCGUCUCAGUCUCUAUCGCCAACAAGCCCUUUGUACGACUCCGUGUUCGGGGAUGCUUUGAAGUCACAGUUGAGCGCAUCCAGUGGAACUGUUUUCUUUGGAAAUGGCUUCUCUAAAACUCUCAGCCUGGAGACGAACAUGAAUCACCAAGUAGUCAACAACUCCAUGGGAUCGACUUUCAAGAGGAACACAUCAGGCUCUACCUAUCAGCAUGAGAAGAUACACGCCCCCGUCGGCCCCUUGCCCGUCGGCCGAACCGACACCAGCCGCAGCGAGCCUGACAUGGCCUGGCAGCGCUCCAUGCCAAAACGCUCCGCUCCUCCGCAGAGAUUCCUCUCCAGCAGGGGCACCUCCAGGACCGAAAGGACCACCAGUCAGUUCAGAACGACCACCACAGGCCAGCGUGUGUACACUUUGAACGGAACAAGUCAGUCCAAAGCAAACAACCAGUUCAUAUGCAGCCAAAUCGAAGCUUCCAAAACACCUUUGUUCUUGAGUACACUCAAGGGCAAAGGAGAUUCUGGGUCAAACGGGACCAGUGGAGUCGCAGAUAUCACCAUGAGGGAGGCUGUGGAGUACCUUUCCAGCAACGAUGAGACAUACCAGCACUGUGGCGCUUCCUACAUUCAGCACAACACUUUCAUUGACGACAGGGCCAAAGAGGAGGUGUUGAAGCUGAAUGGGAUUCCUCCUCUGGUGGGCCUCCUGCGCAGCUCCAAUUCACAGGUCCACCAGACCGCCGCGGCUGCCCUUCGGAACCUGUCCUUUAAAAGCAACAAUAGCAAGGAGGCGAUUCAUCGCAGCGGUGGCGUCACGGAGGCUGUGGCUCUUCUCAGAGAUACAGAUUCUGCAGAGAUUCAGAAACAGCUGACAGGUCUCCUGUGGAAUUUGUCCUCUGCAGAGAGCCCGAAGCCAGAACUCCUGAACAGUGCUUUGCCUGUCUUAAGGGACUGUGUGAUCCUGCCUUACACAACAGGUCCGGACCAGACCAGCAAAUGCCAAGACGCCGAGGUCUUCUUUCACGCCACCGGAUGUCUAAGAAACCUCAGCAGCGCAAAGCAAAACAACAGGCAGGCGAUGAGAAAAUGUCGAGGCCUGGUCGACUCUUUGGUCAGUUAUGUUAAAGACUGUGUGGAAGCAGGAAAACCAGAUGACAAGUCUGUCGAAAACUGUGUGUGCAUCCUGCACAACCUGACGUUCCAGCUGGAGGCCGAGGCUCCGACUCUGUUCAGCAGGUUCACAGCUUUGGCCAAGACUGUCAACAGGAGGCACAGCCAGGACGACACCGGCCCCAUCGGCUGCUUCAGUCCGCAGAGCAAAUCGGCAGAACACGAGCGUCACUUUGACUUCCCAGUCAUUGAGGACCCACACCCUAACGGAGCAGGAUGGCUGUUCCACUCCAAAACUCUGCAGAUUUACCUGAAUUUGCUCGGCUCUAGCCAGCGAGAAGAAACACAGGAGGCCUGUUGUGGAGCGCUGCGGAACCUCACAGCCCACGACAGCAUUGUCUCCAGUGUAAUGAGCCAGACCAUUGUGCAGAAACUGAAUGGCCUGCAGGUUAUCAGCCCCUGUUUAAAGUCAAACAAAGUCAAUAUACAGAGGAACACAGUGGCUUUGGUAGGAAACUUGACCAAGAACCCAAACCUGCACAGUGCCUUAGCCCGUAAAGCCCUCCCAGAGCUGCUGGGAAUCAUCAGCGCAGGCACCAAGGAUGGGGUUGAGUCCGACGACACUGUGGCCAUGGCCUGUCAGGCCGCCAACUGCCUGCUUAUGAAGGAGCGUGAGAUGGGCAAACGCCUGUUAAACAACACCCUGAUAAACUCCCUGAUCAAUCUCAGCCAAAACAACUAUUUCCCCAAAUCCAGCAAAGCUGCGUCCCUGGUUCUCUACAACCUAUGGUCAGAAAAAGAAUUCCAAAGCUUCCUGAAAAAGCAAGGGAUGAGUAAGUCCUCAUUCGUAAAUGACAUCACCACGACCGCACUGAAGUCGGUUCAAGUUGUCAAUUAACACUCCGGCUUGAGCUGAUCUCCGAACGUCCUCUACUGAAGCAGCUCACCUGCAGGCUUCUCUGCACAGCCACGGGAUGCAAACGCGCUGAGGCUGAGCACCAUCCUUCCGCUUUUCACAAACACCCACAGAUUUUUUUUUUUUAAAUCUAUGUAUCCGUAUAAUGCAUCCAUCAACAAAUGAUUACAUACAGGCCUGUAUAUGCUGCAAGGUGAGUUUCUUUAUGGGAAAAAAGGUGAAGGUUGAAAUAUAGCAAGUGAGCACCCGACUUUUUUUGCUGCAAGUUUUUAUUUUUUAGUUUUAACUACUCUCAAAUGUAUUUUUAAAGUUAAUUUUGUGUCUGUGCCUGCGUUCUGCACUAUGGUACCAUUAGCUUGCUUUAUUAGAUUAUAGGACUUUAUUCUGCACUGAAAUUGCUGUUUUUAAUAUCAUGACAAAAGAUUGUAAAAUGAAUUUGACUAUGUAGAAUGACCAUAGAUAAGAGAGCAUAUUUUCUGUUGUUAGAGUUUUGGGGCUUGAUAUAGGAGCUAGGUUAUUGUCUUAAGCAUCGGUGUGUGUUUAUAUUUAGUAAAGACAACUUUUGUUUGUGGUGUAUCCAUCUUUUUUCAUGUGUGUGUGUGUGUGUGUGUGUCUGAGAUCUUGAAACGAUCUGUUUGUAUUGUCCCAAAAAAAGUGGCAAUAAAGCUGACAGAAAUCUACUGUUUGAGCUGCAAAGGUGAGAAAUACUUGAUGAAUAAACACUAUAUCUGGGAA